ACAUCGUUGUUCUCAAGCUAUUUUUUCACUGGUUCCUCCAUCUUUUGACUUUGUAACAUAUCAGAAAUGAAAGACCUCAGCAUCAAAAUUCUCUACAUUUCUCUAGCUGUUUUCUCAAUUAUUUCAAGUGAAACAAACUUGAAAUCCAUGGCCAUGAAGAUGAAGUUGUUUGAUGCACAUUGUCACCUUCAAGAUCAAAGGAUCAUAGACAAGGCUCCCCAACUUAUUGCAACAGCCUAUGGAGCUGGGGUUGUUUACUUUGCUGUCAAUGGAAUAACAGAGAAAGAUUGGCAUUUGGUGAAAGAAAUGAGUGAUGAGUAUUACUCUGUGAUUCCAAACUUUGGGCUCCACCCUUGGUUUGUUCAAGGAAAGAGUCCCUCUUGGUUCAGCACUCUGAAGGAGUUCUUUGAAGCUAAUCCCUCAGCUGCUGUUGGGGAGAUUGGUUUGGACAAAAGCCCACUGGCGCCCAAGGGGGUUGACUUUGCGGAUCAGGUUGAAGUGUUCAAGAAACAGAUUGAACUUGCCAAAGAGUUGAAAAGACCAGCAAGUGUGCAUUGUCUUGAUGCUUUUCCUGAGCUUCUUCGGAUAAUGAAAGAUAUAGGACCUUUUCCAUCUGGUGUUAUUCUCCAUUCUUUCCAAGGUCCUCCAGAGGUAGUACCUGAACUUACGAAGCUUGGUUCCUACUUUUCAUUCUCCGGACAUUUAAUGCCCUUGCAAGAAAACAAGGCCAGAAAAGUUGUCAAGGCGGUACCUUUGGAUAGAAUCUUAUUGGAAACGGAUGCACCUGAUGGGCUACCCAAAAACCCUCUUUUUCUGGUUCCUGGAAAUGAGACACUAAAUCAGCCAGCAAAUGUUCAUAGUGUACUGAUUUAUGUUGCAUCUUUACUAGAAAUGAGUAAAGAAGAACUCGCAGAAAUAAGUUACAAGAAUGCAGUUCGCUUAUUCUCUUUCCAAGGUUCAAAAGUUCUCCUGGAAUGAUCAUCAUUUCCUGGUGUUGGGAUAAACUGCAAUAUCAUUAUUUAACUAAUAAAUAUGAAGCAGGCAGGAUUUGGCAACUUGGAGUUUUGACUUCUGCUAGGAUUUCAGAAUCCCAGUGAACCCAAAGUACUUAGCAGCAUC